AUGUCCAUUAAGUCUACAUCUCCAGUGCGACUAUUGAGUCGACGUGCUCUGCGAAAAAGACCUCAUGCUGGUGAUUUGAUGAUCUACAAAGAAACUAAAUCCACGCCGUCGGUUGAGGUUUCGCGAAAGCGAUCUAAAAGAACUGGGCCUUCAAGUUUCGGUCUGCAUGACAUUUCUCACCAUCAACGUUCAACAUCUCAUUCUAGGACUCUUUUCAGAACCAAGUCUCAUUGCUCGACUGUGUCUUUGCUAUCAUCCAUGGCCGGUGUUGUCCAGCCAUCAGAACCAACAGCUCCAGAGUCAUACGCCUAUACACCAUUCACGAAUAACUUUACAAUCCGCAUUCUCACUCUUGAGCCUGGUACGGGCAAUGACCCAUUAGUUGGCCACCUCGGCUUUGAGAAUCUUGAUCUCAACCCACAAUAUGAAGCCAUCUCAUAUUGCUGGGGCACAGGUGGUCGAUCCUCUGAGAUUAUAUGCGAUGGGAAACCGCUGCCAUUAACUGAGAGCAUUGAGGGUGCUCUACGCCGUAUGAGACAUGCAACUACCCAGCGACGCUUAUGGGCGGAUCAAGUCUGCAUCAACCAGGAUGAUAUUGCCGAACGAAGUCAGCAAGUCAGUCUGAUGAAUGCUAUCUACAAGGGAGCGAAGCAUGUGCUGGUAUGGCUCGGAGAAGACAAGGUAGGCCAUGGGCAGGCGGCUAUGGAGAUGGUUCACUACCUUCAUGGAGUGUUUAAUGAUGGAGAACUACAUAACGAGUUCAAAAGAGCUCAUUCAGAAGAUUUGUUGAGCCAGGAUAGAAAACCUUGGGUGCCGUUCUCGAAUCUAUCGAGGCUGCCAUGGUUUAAUCGUAUAUGGAUUGUUCAGGAAAUAGGAACAGCAGCACCUGCGACUCUUUACUGGGGCGAUGCAGAGAUCGACUGGGAGGUACUAUCGUCAGUUGCAGGCAUCUUGAAUACGACCUACCACUUCCUACGCUCACGAUUUGCUGUCUUCACACCCAAUAUCCGGUAUUUAUAUCAACGCUUUGUUGAGCCAGAGGAGGCAUACGAUGUCAACCAUAACCGCGCAGCCUUCAUAUACGAACUUCACCGCGCAAGACAUCUCUUAUCUAAGGACCCUCGAGACCAUGUCUACGCUUUUCUUGGCCAUUUCUCCAUCCACACUGGUAGUUCGAGCCUUGCAGAGUUGGUGGCGGAUUAUAGCAGAUCGAUAGAAGAGAUCUAUUAUGACGUCGCGGUCAGAGAACUCUCCGGGUGCGAAUCGCUUCUGCUUUUGUCCGCUUGCCAUGCUAUACCAGUUACUUACAAGAAAAGAAUUAUGGAGAGGGGAGAUUUACCGACUUGGGUCCCCGACUGGCGGGUUGUGCCUCUGCACCUCAUGGGUACCCCCGUGACUCCUCAUAGAUCAUCAGGAGAGUAUCGCCCUCAACUAUGCAUCAACGAAGAAACAAGAGCUCUUCACAUCUACGGUGUUCGCUUAGAUCGUAUCCGUCGACCGUCGUGGAUUUUCUGGAAUAACGCUUUUCACUUCCGUCGCAACAACCCUUUGCGCCUCCCCAUCGAGGCCUUAUGGCGAGAUAUCUGUGGUCGAAACCAACCCUUCAACCUACGACAACGCUAUCGAAACGGUGACUCAGCAUUCUUCGCCCUUGUGCAAACACUCACAAACGCGUGCAUCGGAGCAGAUCGCUCACGGCCAUAUGAGAGUAUUCCCAAGGAAGAAUGGCUCGCAAACGGCGCAGCGUAUCUUAUUCGCGCGCUGGAUAAACCUGGUGCCGUUUCACCAGAGAUACAAGAGCUGGCGCAGACGGGAGAUGGGUUCAAGUGGAGCCAUGAAGCAACGCUUGUUACGCGGUAUCGAGGUUUUGCGAUAACUUCUGGGGGAUGGUUUGUUGUUGGGCCGGAUAUUAUGCAAGCUGGAGAUGUGGUUGUUGUGUUGUAUGGAGGUAGAACACCGUUCUUACUGAGAAGAAAGGAUGAUGGGACGUGGAUACUUGUUGGGGAGUGUUAUGUACAUGGGAUGAUGAAUGGGGAGAUUUUUGACCUUGAUGGGGUUGAAGAGGAGGAGUUUGUUAUUGUGUGA